AUGGAGAAAUUUCAAGUUUUAUUCCUCGUUCUCGCCGCUUUGAUAACAUCGGGCACGUCAAACACAGGAAUGUUCCCCGAACGCUGUUCCCGACAAGAUCCCGACGUCGACGCAUGCCUUCAACGAAGUUUCAACUCACUCCUCGACUACCUGAAAGGUGGAGCACCUGAACUUGGCAUUGAAGAGACCAAUGAUAUAGUGAUAGACGAGCUAUCCAUUGCACUAGGCAGCGGACCAGAUGGCUACCGCGCCACGUUCAAAGAUAUCCACGCAAGCGGCGCCAACAAUAUGACCAUCACAAAUGUCAGAUCGGAUCUCGACACCUACCAGUUCCAGUUGACUUUGUUUGGGCCACACAUCAGCGCACGUGCCCGCUACCGCUCCUCCGGAGUUCUGCUGCUGGUGCGUGCCUCGGGAGGAGGCGAAUAUUGGGGCGAAUACGAUGGCGUAAAGGCUAAAGUGUAUUUCCGCGGCACUCCGUACACUCGCAACAAGCGCACGUACCUCAAGCUUCAACAACUGAAGCUGGACUUCUCCGUGAAAGACAUCCAAAUGGGCGUCGAGAAUUUGCAGAACACUAACGCGGUUUUGGAGGCUGCUUUAAAUCUCUUCAUCAACACAAACGCACAAGAACUUCUUAAAGAGAUGAAGCCGGAGUUGAAACGAGACUUAGCGGGGAAAAUGUCACAUUUCUUGGAACGGAUUCUGGACCAGAUUCCAUUUGAUGAAUGGAUUUCAGACUAA